AUGUCGACUACUCAGAGACCCUAUCAUGACCACGCGCCCCACUGGCCCCCAGAGCUCAUCGCUAAGCUCAGAGCAACCCAUGAGAGCCAGAUCGACACAAACCCACAACACGUCUCGAUUGUGAUCCACGAGACCAAAUGCCCAUACAACGACAACACGUACGAGAUUCUUGGUGUUUUCUCGUCCACUUUCAUUGCCAACCAGACGGCUAUGGACUUUUUCAAAGAUGAAUACUCAAACUUCAUGGAGGAACUGUCGGACGAUGGCCCGUGGGGCCAUUUCUACGAAAAGCCAACUAAUAUGGACAUGAAUACGGUGGCAUGGUCUGUCUCAAACUCUGGGAGACUGAGAUUGAAGGCUCUUGAUGGAGGCGAUGGUGACCUAUACCAGGUUUACGUUAAACGCAUGGCCAUUCAAUCCAGCUACUCCCCAAGGGUUGCACGUCGUGACGCGACGCAGUCAGCGCAUUUUUAUGAUUUCCACUUUUGA